GACAUAGCUUUACAGGCUUUUGAAAAGGCGUGUCGUGAGCCCCAUUUCAGCUCCAUGUAUGCCCGGAUUGUGCGUGAUCUUCUCCAAACUACCUCCUUUAUACCGAUGUGCUGUUAGCUGUCGGGAGGAAGUACGAGUUCGCUCUAGUGCUGUUGGAAAGAGCAAUUUUGAAAAAUCAUUCUUCCCUAAAGAUGUUCUUCUCGGCACUAUCAAGUUUAUUGGAAAGCUUGGAGCACUUAGUCUUGUACUUCCUGACCUUCUGGAUUGGAUUCUACAAGAGCUACUUGGGGAGGGAGAAGACUUGAAUUGUCUUUGCCUGCUGCUUCAGACGGCGGGUUGGCUGCUGGUUAAAGAGCGCCCUUUACUUGUGGAAGGCCUCGUGGAUCGUCUGCAGAGGUUUUUGGCGGCCAGCAAGCCAUCCAGUCCCCACGCUGCCUACUGGAGCAUGUUUUAAAACUCAUUACACGAAAUUGAACUUCAGAUGAUGUAUAUUACUUACGUGACUUAUGAAUGUCUUACACUUCGACUUUAAACAAGAAGAUCUUAAUGGAUGAACGAACCUUCCUUCCCUGCCCUCCUCUAUUCCAGGCUCUUUGCAUAAAGCUCGCCAAGCCCAGCAACUUUCAAGGCCGUCCCUUCACUUCUCUGAUUUUACUCGCUCGCCUCGCAAAUCUCGUGCUCUGCCAUCCCCCUUUUUGUUCCACAGCAAGCACAGGGCUUGCUUUGCAGACCGCCUUGAGUGCGACCCUCUACCCGCCCUUCCUCCUUUGAUGUCCAACCGCAUCCCUAUACUGUAAUGCCUUCUUGCUACGCCGCUUCAGACGUCGGGGUUCUAAUAACUUCACUACCAUUCGUCUGCUUUAGUCUUUUCUUUUGCACAUCGCUUUUUAGGAAGAUCCGGAGCUCAACCGUCUUAAAGAUUGGAGAAAAGGACAGCAACCGCAACCAGCAACUUUGAGGUCCCAAAUUGCUCUCAUCGCAAGCGGGCCGCCUAUCAUAUCUAGAGAGUUUGAAAAAAAAAUGCCUUUAGAGGCAUGAAUGCAGAAAGUGACCACAAAGUCGAAACGGAAGUCGACUUACUCGCGUCUUCUCUGGAGAGGAACCACUUUCAAGUGACGAUGUAGUAGAUGACUUUCUGACUUGUGAUGCAAUUUUUAAACUGGCCCCAGCCGAUUUACCGCCUCAAAGGAUCGCCAGUUGUUUGUGGAAACGGUUAUCACGCGAUAUUUAGACUACAGUGAAGAGAGCGUAUAGAAACUUGACCAUCUUAUUGUGGCACUCUAUAAGCGGAAGGUUCUUACACGUAUUGAAAUAACUGACGGCAUUAAAAGUUUGUUCAGCGACCUCCCAGCCGCCACGGCGCGCUUCCCACUGAUUCAGGCUUUCUUCUCCACUUUGCUUGUCUUGUGGAUCUUCAAGAAAGUUAUACUAAUUGGAGAUGUCUAUGAACUCUGUAAAGUCCACCAGGCAGUUCCAUUUUACUCGUCUACGCUCAAAGAAUUGCUUACUUUAGCUGGCGUUGUAGUGACGCAGAAUCUCACAGGAAAGGCGAAAGCUGAACUAUCAGCGGCCUUUUCGUCGGAGAAGAAGUCCGAUCUGCUAGACACGAUACUUACAUACGGGAGUUUAUUUUUCUUUCCUCCGUGUUGUGUGUUAAGGCGUUAGCGGAGUGUAAUUCCACCCCCCCUCCCGUUCCCCAGGAGCUGGCCUCGCUGUACCCGCUUGUAGUAUUCGAGAUUGCGCACACGUUAGAAAGUACAGAAGAUAUGGGUAACCUGGAGGGCUUCCUAAAGGAUACCAACUUGGGGUCACCCGACUUUGCUUACAGCCUUACUAAAGUACUUUUGGAGUUUCUUUGUGCCAGGUCGGCUUAUUAGCCAACUUAGUGAGAGUCAAGCAGUUGAACUACAUUGGUUUCGAAAUUAUUUACCGCUGUUAAAAGGCGUUAUCAGAGGCCAACGGGAAACGAGCCGCCACUCUGUACUCUCUUCAAGUCUUUUGUCAUGAACACGGCUUUCCUUUGGAUUUUAUGCAGAGGGGUUUUAUGUAUUUGUAGAAGUUCGGCAUAUGCCCAGCAGAAGCAUUCCCGCAGUGAAAGACGAAGUAAACGACCGGUACAAAGUGAAAGGACGAGCACUGUUCGAAGUGAAUAAUUGGUUGGACCGGGUGGGGGAGGAUGUCGAAGACGACGACGACGAAGGCGAAGGCGAUAGAUAGCGAUCAGGAAAAUGUUAUGAGGAGGCUUCAAAAUGCUUAAGUGGCAUCACAUUCCGUUGUUGGUUGUAUAUCCACAGGUUUACAUAUCUUAUGGGGAACAGGAAAGCUAAUCUUAGGUCAUACGAGGUCGAGACCCCGCUGCUUUCUUACCCUUCCUGUUUGCAGCUUUCACAAGUUGUUAACUGAAAAGUUAAGCAAGUUUACUAAGUAAACCUAGAAGCGAGUAGCUCCGUGAUU